GAAACUUCGUUCAACCCAACUUGUUCACUUACAAUAUACGAGCUAGGGGCUAAUGAAAAUGAAAAAUUGUUAUUGGAAAAUUGAGUGCUACUGCAAAAUGCAAUUGCAAUGCACAUUAAAUAAGUAGAUGUCAAAACACUGCGAAUUGUUAAUUUACCGCGCAAUCAACAAUAUAACCCAUCGAAAACAAUACCAUCAUAAAAACAAAUAAGCUGCAGCUACUGCGAGCAAAAACAACAAAAACCACAUAACUUUUUUUGUAAAAAAAAAUGUUUGCACAAACGGAAUCACAUAAAAACAAUUUUUUGGAGUAUACGAAGGCGGCACGAGAGGAGCGCGCCCUUGAGAAGCGACGAGAGGAGGCUGCCAUUUUGUUGCAAGCGACUCUUAAAGGAUAUGCAGCCCGUAGCAAGUACCAGAAAUGCAUAAUCAACGACUUUGAUGCCCUUUUUAUGGGCUGUCAUGGGGGCGAUGAGAAGGACGAGAAGGAUACGGAUCUGUUGCCCGCUGUUCAUGCAUAUCCUGUGCUUCGUCGCUACCUAACACAAAUCAAAUUGGACAAAAACGAUGGACGCACGCGUGAUCGCCUGGAGCGCAUUUGUCGCUAUGUAAACCGAGCAAUGGAAGUGGAUAAUCCAAAGUUGUCGUAUGCGGCCUUGUGCUUGCACAAGGAGCGCAGCCUGCCCUGGAUUGGACACAUUAAACAAUUGUUGACCAAUUGCAUGCAGCUUUUGCCAGAACUAAAACCUGAGAAUCAUGCUGAUAGCAUAUCACUAGCCCUCUUCUUACACACACUCAUUGUGUUCACUGCUCCUAAAUCAUGGGCCGUACUGCGGAAUGCCCAAUUUGAGCGACUGCAGCCGGCCAUGCAGAAGAUCUGUUGCAAUGUUCAGGGACACUUGGUUCAUCACGGAUUCUAUAAGACUAUGCGGAUUAUUCUGCUAAAAGGAACCGCACGCGAGGAAUUGUCCGUCAAGCCGGUGACGCUCGUUGCAAUAAUCACGCUUUGCCUACGCCCUCUCAUCGAUGGCGAUUUUAGUCGCAAUCUUCUUUCACAAUUUCUCAGCGAAAUACUUUCAGUGCCGGCGCUUAUUUAUCAUUUGCAUCAGAGCGUUCCGCAGUGCAUUGAACAAUUCAGCUCCAUGUCGCUGCUAAAGCGAGCCUUGAACAUAUCGGAGGACUAUCAGUGGUUCGAAGAAUUCUCUGCCAGCAUGUCGGGCACGAAAUCUUUGGCAUAUUUGGGCAACAUUGUAAAUCUGUUCAACAUUGAGAAUUUAGCCGAGGCCAAGAAGUUGGCCUAUCCGCUAUUGACUGAGACGACCACAUCGUUGCUGGAAUUAAUACCCAACACGGUGACCACCAAAGGCGUCUUCACACAGUGGCACGAGCUUCUCGGCUGGCACACACCCUGUGCGGAACCUGCGCAGAACCAGAAUGUUGCACUGAUCAAGAAACAGUUUCAUAUGCUGUGGGACCAUCGCUGCAUUAAGCUGCUCCUCGGGGAUCUGCUGAAGGAAAUCAACGAAAACUACGAACGCAUUGAGUUUCAUUCACCGCAGCAGCCCUCAACCAGCAAUUUGAUACGUCGCGCUCUGGAGCGCAGCUCCACACGUGGAAGUGGCUUGUUGGCCAGCGCUGCUGGCAAGCAGGCAAAGGUGCAAUGGCGCAAGCUGGACAAUGGCAAUGUGGUUCAAGUGUCUCGAAUUUGUGGCAUGUAUUAUGCGGCCUUAAACACACUCUCCCAAAUGAAACUGGACAUUCUCACUGGCAUUUGCUACAAUGAUAAUGUGCUAUAUGAUAUUUGGCUGCUGCUGACCUCGUUGGGACCCAACUGCGGCAUGAAGGAGUAUCUGGACUUGUUGAGAUGCGAGACGUUAGUGCAAAAGCCACAGAUAGCCAUGCUGAUGCUGUUCUGUGACUGCAUGACACACUAUGUGACCAUUCUGGACGAAUAUGAAAUGUAUACGGAACAGAAUCCCUUUCGAUUAAACGACUAUGUUAUGCUAACCUAUUUUCUCAAUAAUAUUCUCUACAAACUGAUUAAUGACAACAUUUUGGGUGCCAAGAACAUUGUACAGAAUCCGGUGUUUGUUUCGCUUCAUACGCUGUUGCUAUGUUUAUAUCGGCGCGACUGUCGACGUCCCUUCACACCCCCAAACCACUGGCUCAUACCAGAGGUCAAGCCAUCGACUUUCAUUAAUGAUCUGGAGAAGGCCAAGCGCAAUGCAAUGCUGCUGCUGGCCAAGAUGCCACAUAUUAUACCACACGAGGAUCGGGUCAAGUUGUUUCGGAAGUUUGUACAAAACGAGAAGGCUGUGAUGGGUCUGACGGAGAGCGCGUGUGCCUCACCGCGCUCAGCGCUGAUUGUCAUUCAUCGCGAGCGUAUUGUUGAAGAUGGCUACCGUCAGUUAGUGGCACAGCCCACACAUGCGCUGAAAGGUGUAAUACGAGUGCGCUUUAUCAAUCAGCAGGGACUGCACGAGGCGGGUAUUGAUCAGGAUGGUGUUUUUAAGGAGUUCCUGGAAGAGACCAUAAAGAAAGUGUUUGAUCCAUCGCUGAACUUAUUCAAAACCACCUCCGAUCAGCGACUAUAUCCAUCGCCCAUUUCUUAUGUUCAGGACAAUCAUUUGCAAUUGUUUGAGUUUGUGGGAAGAAUGCUCGGCAAGGCGGUUUACGAGGGCAUUGUGGUGGAUGUGCCGUUUGCUUCGUUCUUUCUUUCCCAACUGCUGGGGCAAACUCAGCAAGCGCUCUACUCCUGCAUGGAUGAGCUGCCCUCACUGGACAACGAACUCUACCGCAGCCUUACAUUUAUCAAACAUUAUAAGCAGGAUGUCGCCGAUUUGAACUUGACUUUCUCUGUCGAUCAGGAUGUGAUGGGCAAGAUUGUUACACACGAACUGCACCCUGGUGGCAAGGCGCGCGUAGUGAACGAUCACAACAAGCUGGUCUAUAUACACUACAUGGCCUACUUUCAUAUGAACACCCAGAUUCGCGAGCAGACGCAGGCGUUCAAUCGCGGCUUUCGCAGCAUUGUCAAUCCCGAGUGGCUAUCGUUGUUUUCGCCGCCGGAACUGCAGCGUCUUAUUUCGGGUGACACUGUACCGUUGGACCUGAAAGAUUUGCGUAAGCAUACACAAUAUUACGGCGGCUUCCAUGACUCACAUCGCGUUGUUGGCUGGCUGUGGGAUAUACUUGCCAAGGACUUCACGGAGGACGAACGCAAACUGUUUCUCAAGUUUGUCACCAGCUGUUCCAAACCACCAUUGUUGGGCUUUGCGCACCUUGAGCCGCCGUUUUCCAUACGCUGCGUGGAGGUGGGCGACGAUGAAGACACCGGUGACACAAUAGGCAGCGUUAUACGCGGCUUCUUUACCAUACGCAAAAAGGAUCCGCUUAAUCGGCUUCCCACCUCGUCCACUUGCUUUAACCUGCUUAAGCUGCCCAACUAUCAGAAGAAGUCAACGCUCAGAGAUAAGCUGCGCUAUGCCGUCAGCAGCAAUACAGGCUUUGAGCUGUCCUAAAACUGUAGCUGGAGCUGGAGAGGCAGCUGGAGCUGGAGCUGGUCAUGUAGCUGCUACAUAUCAAUUGCGUAUUGAGCUUUCGGUGUUGUUAUUUUUUCCCUUUGUUUUUCUUGGCCCAUAAGUCUUGCAGAAAUGUUGUUAUAUAUGUAUUCUUAUUAA